AUGUCAUGGUCACUUGAAACCCUGGAUCUACGACUCGAAGUCGAACAAGAAGGUCUUAUACUUGAAGGCGCUCAAUGGAAAGACGAUCAUCUAGCAAUAAACGACGGUGAAUCUAUCUCUAUCGGUAGAUCUCAAGUGCGAUGGGUCCAUAUAGAUCAGGAUGGCAACUCAUCACCAAAAGGGGAUCAAGUCAACUUGCCAGUUUACCUCAACGGAGAUCGCAAUGAUGUUUUAUUCACUGUGAAUCUGCCAUUCUCUACCAACGAGGCUGCUCUCAGUGUCGUUAGAGCUGUUUGCAUGACCGCAGGGGGCUCCCCAUCUACCUAA